UCCCUACUCGGCGCUGAGAUAAGAGUAACCCACCACCACCACAAAACAUAGCUCUUCUCAAUAAGAGAGAGAGAGAGAGAGAGAGAUUUUGUAUUGCAACAAACAAUAUUGUAGUAGUGAUGGAUAAAAGCUGUCAAUCCUCUGCAGACUCUACUAAUAAUUCCUCUUCCAGAGACCACUACCUCAGACACCUCAAUAAGCUUUCUCAAAAAAUCACCAAACCCAUCAUUAAAAAACCCUCUUUUGACCCUCCACCACUACCACCACCACCACCGCCACCACAACCUCAAAAUCAGAAUCAAAAUCAAAUUCAAAACCAAAACCAAAACCAAAACCAAAACACUAAUAAUAAUAAUAAUAAUAAUAAUCCUCUACAGCCACAACCACAACCACAGCAAAACCUACAACAUCAACCACCAGUUUACAACAUCAACAAAAACGAUUUCAGAGACGUAGUUCAAAAACUAACGGGUUCACCUGCACACGACCGUAUCUCAACACCACCACCUAUUCAACAACCUAAACCACAAAGCUCUCGUCUUCAGCGAAUUCGUCCACCUCCGUUACCUCACAUCACUAACCGUCCACCUCCGUUACUUAACACCGCUAUACCCCGUCGUCCACAACACCAGAACUUCAACUUUAACCCCGUUAACUUUAAUCAUAACUUUCCUGGUUUUGGUAGACCUCUGGCGCCGUUAUCUCCGUUGCCGCCGUUUCCUACCGUUCACGCUCCGGCGGAAUCUCCAAUCUCCGCUUACAUGCGCGAUCUGCAGAAUCUCGUUUCCACCAUGGAUUCGAAAGGCUUCACCGGUUUUUCUCCUUUGCCUCCUCCGAUUUCAUCGCCUCACCCUCCACCGGAACAACAGCAACAACAGCAACAACAACAUCAACAACAACAGCAGCCGCAACAUCAACAGCAGCAUCAACAUCAACAACAACAACCACCGCCGCAGCAGCAAGGCUUUAAUCCUGCACAAAUGUCAGUACAAACUCCGUCGCCGUUUCCGAUGCCGUCAUCACCAACACCUUUUGGAUGUUUGAAUUCGCAGCUUUCAUCUUACCCUUUGUUGUCACCUGGUUUAUUGUUUUCCCCCAAUUCGGCUAAUUUAGGGUUUCCUCAACUUCCUCUUUCACCAACCGUGCAGGUUCCAAGUCCACGAUGGAGAGAGCUUUGACUUCAAUUGAGGAUUCUCAACUUAGUUGAUUCUAUGGCAAAUAUACGAAAUUAAUAAUGAUGAUACGAUGCAGCACUGACUUGAUGUCUUGUUUGGCUCGUGUUCAAGAUUAGUGGUGGUUUUGAUUGUAUAGGAAGCUUAAAUCCUGUGACAACUCGAAAUAAUAGGAUUUAACUUUGUUUCAUGGAUCUCUCUCAUGAAGGGAAGGGAUCUUGGUUAAUUCAAGUUCCUUUAAGAUGUUCUAAAGUAAUUGUUGUGUAUGGCUUUUUCAAAAACAAAAUAAAAUUUGUGUAUGUUUGAUUUUCUGGUAGUGAGCAGCUGUAUACUAUUACUGCAAGAUUACCACAAGAAAAUCUAUUCGUUUUCUGAAGUGAUUGCGGAAAACUACUGAUUACUUUAUCUAGGGAAGUGUUUCUCUCAUUUAUGAUCAGGAGUUCAUUGUUGAGAUUUUAAUAAGCACGUUUGGAGCUAUUACCCUAAGACAGUUAUUUGGAUAUAUUGUUUUAUUUUGUAAAUUAUCAAAAGGACACUUACAUCUGUCUAUUCUGUUUAAUCUGCAUAAGGAUAAUAGGUAUUGUACUGAAGCUCAUAGAAAGUGAUUAUGUGCAGAAAAUGAGCUAAUCCUUGUGUUGGGAUUGUAUUCUUUUAAACAUAGAAUAUAUCUUGCGACAAAAAAUGCGAUACUAUCUUAUUUCUUUUA